AUGAUCAAUCGUCAAGUAGGCCAUCUGGCAUCUAAUGAAUUAAGAACGAAUUCAUUAAGUAGUGUUCGAUGUGCUGAAUUUUGUCUUCCAAGUUGUCACUAUGGUUUUAACAAUGCAAAUCAUAUUGGCAAACAUCUUGUGUCUCUUAUUAGUACAUAUAUGCCUCAUUUACAAACUUUACGUCUUUGGCGACCAGAUGAUUUUCCUUGGACAUCUAGUAGGUUUAUUUUAAGCAAACAAAACUAAUCACAAUUAAAUCGCUCAUUAAUCUAUGAUGAAUAUUAUUCUUAGUUUGCUUUUCUUUUAAUUUUUAAUUUUAUUUUGUACUUUAUUAAUCAUAUAGAUAUUUUUAUAAUGAUGUAUAGCUCAAAUUGAAUGAAAAAAGUACUCUUGUAUCAAUUCGAGGAAUUGUAAUUUCGCCAAAUGUGAGUUUCGCCAAUUGGCGAAUUUUGUGGGAGAAUUCUUCAUUUUUAAUAAACUGAGUUUGAACUCAGCUAGAGGACUUGAUAUACUAACUGUUGAAACUAAAUAAGUUGGGAUAUAUGAAAGUACAAUAGUGAAAAAGUACAAUUGGCGAAACUCGCAUUUGGCGAAAUUACAGAAAGCCAAGAUCGAAUGUUUUAAAAACGUUGAUUUUAUUUUCGAAAUCUUUAAACUGCAAAUAACAAUUGUUGAUCGGAUUCAUUUUUUCUUUUUCUAAUUUAAAUUGAUGUAAGAUAUUGUGUCUUAUACAUCAUUAUGGAUUAAUUAUGAAAAUAUUGAACAAUGAAUUAUGUUCAAGGAAGACAAAAUAACUUAAAUUGUGAAAUUUUCUACCGAAAUAUUUGUCUAUUUUAUUUAUUUAACUAUCUUUGAUAUCAAUUUUAAGUUUAGAAAGUAAUAAUAUUGACAUCAAUACACUUUAUUCUUUUAAAUCGUAUUUUAGUAGCUAUUAUUUACUCACCUGUGAUGAAAUCUUUCAAUCUUGUAAAAUAGAUCUUACUUCAACAUUAAGCCAGAAUCUAUAUGAAUUUGAAAUCAAGAAUUAUUUUAUAUGAAUGAAAUACUUUUUUAUUGUUGUGUAAGUUGACACUAUUUCGCUCCUAAAUAGCGGGCUUUGCUAUGUAUUUUUCUAUACAAAAGAGAACUAAAAAG